AUGAACGAACAACAACGAGAUCAAAUGAUAGAAAAUAGUACAAAGUUUACUUCUGUUAUUCUUUCAUCUUUAUCACACAAUUUAACUUCAUCAACAUCAUCAUCAUCAACACCAAUACGUGCACGAACAAUGGUUAGUACAAUGUAUAUAGCAGGUAUUGCUUUUAUGGUUGGUGUCUUCCUUAUCUUACUCUGGGUAAAUUUAUUCAGUCGACAUUGUUGGUGUUGGCAUGAUACAUCUGUCGGUAAUAGAUUUAAUCGUCAAUGGUUAAUAAAACGUUCUAUGACAGGACGUAAUGAUAGUUCAUCACCAAAACCUCGAAAUCAGGAAAAACCAUCUAAUGAAAAUGAACUUGAGUGA